ACAUACACCAGUGCUCAGCUUUCUCUUCUCUUGCCAGCCAUGUCUCAAGCCGUGCAGACCAACGGGACACAGCCCCUGAGCAAAACCUGGGAGCUCAGCCUGUAUGAACUGCAGAGAACACCUCAGGAAGCCAUCACGGAUGGCCUGGAGAUCGUGGUGUCCCCCCGGAGCCUGCACAGUGAGCUGAUGUGUCCCAUCUGUCUGGACAUGCUGAAGAACACCAUGACCACAAAGGAGUGUUUGCAUCGCUUCUGCGCCGACUGUAUCAUCACAGCCCUCAGGAGUGGCAACAAGGAGUGUCCCACGUGCCGGAAGAAGCUGGUUUCAAAGAGAUCCCUUCGGCCAGACCCCAAUUUUGAUGCUCUCAUCAGCAAGAUUUACCCGAGCAGAGAUGAGUAUGAGGCUCAUCAGGAGCGGGUGCUGGCAAGGAUCAGCAAGCACAACAACCAGCAAGCUCUGAGCCACAGCAUUGAGGAGGGAUUAAAGAUUCAGGCUAUGAACAGGUUACAGCGUGGCAAGAAGCAGCAGAUUGAGAAUGGCAGUGGAGCAGAGGAUAACGGCGACAGCUCGCACUGCAGCAAUGCCUCCACGCACAGCAACCAGGAGGCAGGGCCCAGCAACAAGAGGACCAAAACCUCAGAUGAUUCCGGGCUGGAACUGGACAAUAACAACACAACUGUGGCCAUAGACCCUGUGAUGGAUGGGGCAAGUGAAAUCGAGUUGGUCUUCAGGCCUCACCCGACCCUCAUGGAGAACGACGACAGCGCGCAGACGAGGUACAUCAAGACCUCAGGCAAUGCCACGGUUGACCACUUGUCCAAGUACCUGGCUGUGAGGUUGGCUUUGGAGGAGCUGCGCAGCAAAGGAGAGUCAAACCAGAUGAACCUGGACACAGCCAGUGAGAAGCAGUACACCAUCUACAUCGCCACGGCCAACGGGCAGUUCACUGUACUAAAUGGGUCCUUCUCCCUGGAACUGGUCAGUGAGAAGUACUGGAAGGUGAACAAGCCCAUGGAACUAUACUACGCACCCACGAAGGAGCACAAAUAA